CGUGCGGCUGAAGAGAUGAGCCUGCCGGCCAGCAGCGAGCUGCUCUCCCUGGAGAAGGGCUCCAGGCACCGCUGCUCCUACAGCAACGGCUCGCCGUUCGCCACCAACAAGCCCAUCGACAUCAAGACCAGGCGCCGAUGCUUCGAUGUGGACAAUGGCACGUCCUCGGGAAGGAGUCCCCUGGAUCCCAUGACCAGCCCGGGGUCGGGCCUCAUCCUCCAGGCCAACUUCGUGCACAGUCAGCGGAGGGAGUCCUUCCUGUACCGCUCCGACAGCGACUAUGAGCUGUCCCCCAAGUCCAUGUCCAGGAACUCGUCCAUCGCCAGCGACAUCCAUGGGGAUGACCUGAUUGUAACACCAUUCGCACAGGUCCUGGCUAGUUUGAGAACCGUGAGGAAUAACUUUGCCACAUUAACCAACUUGCAGCAAGUUGACAGAGCCUCAAACAAACGGUCACCCAUGUGUAACCAGCCCCCAAUCACAAAGACCUCCUUCACAGAGGAGGCCUACCAGAAGCUGGCCACAGAGACGCUGGAGGAGCUGGACUGGUGCCUGGACCAGCUGGAGACCCUGCAGACCCGCCACUCUGUCAGCGAGAUGGCCUCCAACAAGUUCAAAAGAAUGCUGAACAGGGAGCUCACCCACCUCUCGGAGAUGAGCCGCUCCGGAAACCAGGUCUCAGAGUUCAUAUCAAACACAUUCUUAGAUAAGCAGCACGAUGUGGAGAUGCCCUCUCCCCAGUCUCAGAAGGAGAAGGACAGGAAGAAGAAGCCCAUGUGUCAGAUCAGCGGUGUGAAGAAGCUCAUGCACAGCACCAGCCUGACCAACUCCAACAUCCCGCGCUUCGGCGUCAAGACCGACACCGAGGACUCGCUCGCCAAGGAGCUGGAGGACGUUAACAAAUGGGGCCUUAAUGUUUUCAAAGUCACAGAGUUUUCGGGGAACAGGCCUUUAACGGUGAUGAUGUACACAAUCUUCCAGGAAAGGGACUUGCUAAAAACCUUCAAAAUCCCCUUAGACACCUUUAUAACCUACCUGAUGACCUUAGAAGACCAUUACCAUGGAGACGUUGCGUACCACAACAACAUCCAUGCUGCUGACGUCGCUCAGUCCACACAUGUGCUGCUGUCCACCCCUGCUCUAGAGGCUGUGUUCACGGACCUGGAGAUCCUCGCUGCCAUUUUCGCCAGUGCGAUUCACGACGUGGACCAUCCUGGCGUCUCCAACCAGUUCCUCAUCAACACCAACUCAGAGUUGGCUCUCAUGUACAAUGACUCGUCGGUGCUGGAGAAUCACCACUUGGCGGUGGGCUUCAAGCUUCUGCAGGAGGAGAACUGUGACAUUUUCCAAAACCUGACCAAAAAACAAAGACAAUCCCUGCGCAAGAUGGUCAUCGACAUCGUCCUCGCUACUGACAUGUCCAAGCACAUGAACCUGCUGGCUGACCUGAAGACCAUGGUGGAGACGAAGAAGGUGACCAGCUCCGGGGUUCUGCUCCUGGAUAACUAUUCGGACAGGAUACAGGUCCUGCAGAACAUGGUGCACUGCGCGGACCUGAGCAACCCCACCAAGCCGCUGCAGCUGUACCGCCAGUGGACCGACCGCAUCAUGGAGGAGUUCUUCAGCCAGGGCGACCGCGAGCGCGACCGCGGCAUGGAGAUCAGCCCCAUGUGCGACAAACACAACGCCUCGGUGGAGAAGUCCCAGGUGGGCUUCAUAGACUACAUCGUGCACCCCCUGUGGGAGACGUGGGCCGACCUGGUGCACCCCGACGCCCAGGACAUGCUGGACACGCUGGAGGAGAACCGGGACUGGUACCAGAGCACCAUCCCCCAGAGCCCCUCCCCCACCAGCGACGACCCCGCCGAGGGGCGGCCGGGGGGGGCCGACAAGUUCCAGUUCGAGCUGACGCUGGAGGAGGACGGCGAGUCGGACAUGGAGAAGGACAGCGGCAGCCAGGCCGAGGAAGAGGAAGAGGAGGAGGAGGAGGAGGACAACAGCUGCAGUGACUCCAAAACGCUUUGCACUCAGGACUCUGAGUCCACCGAGAUACCCCUGGACGAACAGGUGGAGGAGGAGGAGGAGGAGGAGGAAGAGGAAGAGGAAGAGGAGCUGGUGGGGGCGGGCGUCUCCACCGAGCCUUGUGCUGUGGUCGAGGAGGAGGAGGAGGAGGAACAGCAGGAGGAAUAGCACCCUGCCGACGCGCAACAGGGCAGCCUCUCGAAAGGAAAACUGUCGUAUUAAGUAACAGACAAAUGACACAUAAUAAUAAUAAUAAUAAUAAUAAUAAUAAUAAUAAUAAUUUCUGGUUUGUUCUAUGAAAGUUCCAAAGCGCACGUUGCACUCCACAACCCUUGGCCACUCCUCACGCUCCUCAGCAGAGCAGGGUAACCAGCAGCUCGCUGGUACUUCUACCAUUUUGCACUCAGGAAUAUUUAGUCGUUUAUUAUUUUUUUUGUUUGGUUUUUUUUUGUAGGUGUUUGUUUGUUUUGUUUUGGGACUGAGGUUUGUUCUCAUUGAGUCUGACCUUUCGAGGUCACCAAGAUGACCUUGUUCCUCCCUCCUAACUGCACGCUUGCCCCCCACCCCCCCUUUUUUUUGCAAACAGAACUGAAGUGUUCCUGAAUCUGCAUUAACACUCUACAGAUGGAGCAAACGGUGAAAAUCAGUGAUUGUUUUAUUUGUUUUUGUUUUAUUUCGUUUUUUUUUUUCUCUCAAAAUCAGUUACAAUACUAUUGGUGGAAAGUGCUGAGCUGCAUUCUGAUUGGAUGCCCAAUGGAUGCCCCUGGGGUAGGGUGGGGUGGGGGAAAUUGCCAUGGCGACUGGUGAUCAUGCAGAACGUCAGGAGCGAGGUUCUGUGUGGAUUUAUCGAGACACUUUUCUAAUUUCAAGUCUUCCUUGAAACCUGACUGAAAAAAGAAGCGUACAGCCCUGAAGCUGUUUUGACCUCUUGAGUUUUUUGUAUUGUAUGUAAGAUGGAGAUCUUUUGUAGAUUUUACUUUUGUUAUUGAAAAAAAAAAAAAGAAAAAUCGUAUGGAUACAUUACUGUAUAUUUAAAAGAAUCUUUGAAAAUUUCAUCUGCCAUUUGCUUUUUUGUAUUUUUAUUUUUGUUUUAUUUUGUAUCGCGUGACUCGCAGGCGUGCUGUGGGAUGUGAACGGCACCCUGGGAAAUGUGGUUUCACUGUGUGUAUUUUUUUAACUCUCUGCAGGAUAGCUCGUGACUUUGACACAAUUGUUUUGAUUAUUGUUUCUAUCAUUUUAAGUAAGCGGGUUAUCAUCAGUUCAGAGGGCUUUUGAUUGAGAGGAUGUAUCUCUAAUUAUGUGCGUACGACCACCAUAUUUUAUGAGAUUCAAUUCGCCUUUGACUUUGACAAGUCACUGAUGCCUACAAAAACUUAAACUUCUGUGAUAUGGUGAAUCUUACAAUGGAUUGUAAGGAAAAACACUUUGGGUUGCCCUCUCUGCCUAAAUGCUAUCAGCUUACCUGUGUACUGUGCAUAAACCACACAGUGUUAUUAUUCGCACACAAUCAAUGCUUGUCAUAAUCAGUUAAGAACAGUUACUCCCUUUUUUGUGUUUUGCGUUAUGAUUGAGUUUUGAACAUGGAUAAGCGCUUACGUUUUGGCGGUAAUGGAAAAGUAGAACCCCCCCCCCUUCCCUCACAGGAGCCCACAUGACAAUCAGUCACAGAGGUUAGAUUCAAACGCAGGGGUGGGGGGGUGGGGGUGCUGUGGGAGGGGCUUCUUGUGAUCGAUGCACCAGUACUCACAGAUUGACAGUUUUUCCCGUUUUCUUUGCCAAAUCUGCACCCUGUAUGCUGGGCUUGCAAACGGCUGUGCACACUACCACCAUAUUCAGCAAAGUGGCUUCUGUUUUCUUCUCUUAAAUAGUUUAAUUCGGUUGUGUUAUUCUAUUUUUUGUGUGUCACUGUUUUGCCAUAAUUUAAAAAUGGUACUGUAGAUCAUUUACUGUAGCUGAUAUAACAUUAUCGACUCGCAAGUUACUGUAACAUUACCUUAACGUUACCCAAACAACUUUUUCCCUGGUCACAGUGAGAGUAUGUACAUAGAACAAAGGUAUCUUUUUAAGAAGAUAUUAAUGAAAAAAGCAAAACAAAAACUUGAAUGAAUCUGGCUUUUAAAGAGUGCUUACUGGUUAAAAAAAGAGCUUAUUUUUAAAUGUGUUAUUUUUAAAUUAUUUUAUUUCAGUGCCAUGCUUUUUUUUCUCACCAGACAACCUUACCUGCAAUGGAGUUUUCUUGUUUGUCUCUGUUUACAACCAUGUAUUUAUUGUGCUGUACAUACAAUGUAAUGUUUAUUGUAAAUGACCGAUUCUUACUCUAUAUCAUCCCUUAUGGAGAUGGUGUUGUUGUACUUGGAUAACUCUUGUUGAGAGAAUGUUUAUUAUACAUACCUAUUCAAAUGUAAAGUUGAGCUUCUGUAACACGUCACCUUAGAGCUUGUUUAUGGAGAAGCGGGGAAAGCCAAACGAUAUUAUGAAUUUAAAUUUUUUUUUAAAAAGCCGCAGGUUGUUGGCCCCAGGGCUGUGCCUUAACUUUGAACAAUGUUUUUAGUUUCAUGCUUUUUCUGUUAUUUCCUCUUCCUGUUUACUGCGUUAGAAGAGAUGGGCAUUUCUAAGCCCCGCCCUCUGCCUCAUUG